AUGACUGGCGCUCCCAUUCGCAAGCUGCUUGUCGAUGCUCGCACCGUGGUCAGGGAGCUGAAGGAGAUGUUGGAGGCACCGGCCAAAACACCAGCCGCAUAUCUCGACCUUCUUUGCGAGGGACAGGUGCUCGCUGAUGUUUCCUGCAUCUCUCACAGUUUCGCCCGGGCGGACUGCGUGGAGUUGCUGGCUUUCCGCACGGAGGCGCCCAGUUUCCUCGCGACGGAGGGAAAGGACGUGAAGGUGGUGAAGUACAUCAUGGAAGCUUUGUGGUACUUUACUGAAGCAGACAGGGAUGGCAGCAUUGUCAAUGAGCGAGAUGACGAUGUCAUCGGUGGCUUCUAUGACGCCUGCACCCGGUGCACCGGCCUGCAUUAUGCAGCCAUUGGGGGCCAGGCCCGCAUCGCCAAGACGUUGCUGGACCAUUCCGCCUUUCGGGUGGCCGAUGCCCUGGCAGAUAUCCCCUUGCCCAACGACUUCAACUUCGGCUACGACGUGGAGGACUACUGCGAACGCUCUUGCACAGCCCUUCACGCUGCGAUUGCGUGGGGCCAUGGGGAGAUCUGCUCGCUCCUGCUGAAGCACCGGCGCUUCAGAGCCGUGGCCAGGGCGAACGCCGCAGGGCAGACGGCACUUCACAUGGCCGUUGUUGAGGAGCUCCUGGCAGAUGGGCGGGUGGACCUCCACGCCCGGACACGCGAAGGCCACACCGCGCUGGACUUGGCACUGCUCCUUCGCCAGCAGCCCUACCGGGGAAGAGCCGUGGACUCUGAGAGAAUGAUUGCGAGGCUCCUUGAGGGAGCAGGCAGCAUGAUAUGGGACGUGCUGGAGGAAGCUGCACAUGACCUGGACAGACGGCUCGUGCGCGACACCGUCGGGCGCCUCCGCGGAAUGGACAAGUUCCGGGCAGGAAUUCUCAUGGGUAAAGGCGGGAAAGGCCACCUGAACACAGCGCUGCUGUUUUCAGAAGACCUUACAGCAAAGGAGGCUCACCGCCGCAAGCGUGACUUGCGGAAGCGGAAGGAAGUUCGAAAGCAGCAACAUGUUUACAGGAAGGCUCUGAGUGAGCAAGCCCAUGACAGAAGGCGGCCUGGCAAAUCAUCAACGAGGCCCAAAUCCAAAAGCUCUCCGAAGCAGACGGAGUUUGCUUUCACGCUUUGCCUCGGAACCUCCUCGGUUGUCUGA